AUGUCGAACACCGGAAUCACCCGGUGCCGAGCUCUUCUCCUGGACCAGCCAUGUGUCUGGUUCCAUAAGACACUGGCCAUCAACCCUGCCAGCCUGCUUCUAGAUGAUCCAGAGGAGCCCAUUCAUGAUGGCAUAGAGGUAACAGAUGCAGUACUGACAGAUGUCCUGCCGUCAUCACCAACAUUAAGAAUCCAGCAAACCUCCGCACUAGAAGCCAACCCUCCAUACUUAGCAGACCUCCAAAAUGGCACCCUGAUCUCCAAAACAGCCAGGUUCUCCAGUGGCAACCUACCCUUCAGGUCCAAAGGUUUCUUUAAGAUGAAGAAGAAGAAAAAGGAGCGGCAGCCCCGCUCCUUUCCGCCUCCCUUCCGCGCGUGUCCCCCAGGCCUCGUCAAGAAAUGUGACAAAGAGGAGAAGGCUGAGAAGGCCAAAAGCAAAAAGGCCAUUCAGAAGGGCAACAUGGAAGUGGCGAAGAUCCACGCCGAAAAUGCCAUUCGGCAGAAGACCCAGGCCGUGAAUUUCCUGAGAAUGAGUGCGCGGGUCGAUGCGGUGGCCGCCAGGGUCCAGACGGCCGUGACGAUGGGCAAGGUGACCAAGUCCACGGUCCGGGUGGUGAAGUCGAUGGAUGCGACGCUGAAGACCAUGAACCUGGAGAAGAUCUCCGCCCUGACUGACAAGUUCGAGCACCAGUUCCAGAUGCUGGACGUCCAGACGCAGCAGAUGGAAGACUCGACUAUGAGCAGCACGACGACGCUGACCACUCCCCAGAGACAAGUGGAUAUGCUGCUCCAGGAAAUGGCAGGCGAGGCCCGCCUGGACCUCAACAUGGAGCUGCCGCAGGGCCAGACCCACUCUGUGGGCACGAGCGUGGCCUCGGCGGAGCAGGACGAGCUGUCCCAGAGGCUGGCCCACCGGCGAGAUCAAGUGUAACGCCCGGGCGCCCUCAGAGGCUUCCUGGCUGUGGCACCUUCUGAAAUGCUCUCUGUGUCUUAGAGAGAGAUCACACACUACAUAACCUUGGAAUAUACCAGAAUGCUGAAACGCUCCUAAGAUGCUUCUGCCUUUGGGUUUACGGUGCACUCCCGGUACAUUAAGAAGUUCCAGGCUUUCUCCGACCUUAACUGAAUUCUAAAGUUCUGUAUAUCUUGUGAUAAUGUAUAUUUUUAUAGCUGCCUUUUAACAGGACUAGCUAACUUGAUGUAUAUGAGUCUUCCUCAAAAGUUUUAUCAAAUUUCUAGUUCCUGUGUAUUUGGUUUUCUGCCUGAACUAUCAAAGUUGAAGUUUAUUUUUAAUUUAGUGAAAUGAUGGAUAAUAUAUAAAAUUGAAAUGUGGUACAUGAAAAGAAAAUUAUUGAUUGCAGGGUUAUCAACACCUCACUCAACUUAUUUAAUGGACAGUGCCAUUUUUGUGUAUCCUCUGUAUUUUUGCCAUCAAAAUGAGACUACAGUUGACUAUU